CAUUUAGCCCAUUUCUCUUUUCCUUGGAACCAACCACUUGUUGCUGCAUAUUUCUUUCCGGAUCCAGAAAAUUCCCUCCUUAAAAUAACUCGCCGCAGCCCUAGACGGCAUAGACAAUCUUUAAAGUUAAAAAGUAUGAUCCUAGCCAAGGAAGAAUUCUAGGUCGUCACUGCUUACGGACACGUCGUAUAAACGUGUAAAACAAUCAGUAAUCCAAAUUUUACUCGAAACAAGUGGUGUAGAAUCUUCCGUUUACAAAAUAGGUGUUGACCUCAAUAUUGAAUUUUGAUACUUCUCUUUCUCUGCAUUCUCCUUUCUCGAUUUCGUUCUUUUUCCACUUCCCCUGUAUCCUGCUGUCGCAUGCAUUCAUCCAACAAAAUGUAAAGUUCUAUUACAUUUUCUUCUUAUUUUUGGUCAACUUCAGGUUAAUUACCUUCUUCUUCUUCUUUCUUUUUUUUUUUUUUUUUUUGUCUAUAGGUCAUGCAAUGAGAGGAAGUAUUAGGUCAAGAAAAUCAAUAAUUAAAGUCUCCCUUCUUUUAUUGACUUAUUUUUCAUCAGCACUCCUAAUUUUCUCUUGUCUUUCCUUCUCUCUUCUUUCAUUGAAACUAGUUUAUAAAAACCAACCCAUUUUCUCAUCCUCUUUUCAUGAACUGAUCAAAUUAAUUUUAGAUUAUGGUUCUCCAAUCAAUUCUCUUAUCUUCUUAGUGAUUUCUAUCACAUCUUCAAUUGGAUUUGUCUUAUUUAUCAUUGCCAUGCAUUAUCAUCGCAAUCGAAUGCAGCCAUCAAUGAAACACACCUUUGCUAAUAGGAUCGUUCCUCGGUUACACUUGACGGAUUCCGGUCGUGUUCAUAAACUGGAGCGAUUCUCCCACUAUGUAGGAAGACAGAUGGGUCUUGGAAGUACAAAUGAGUGUGACAAAAUAUGUAAAUUGGCAGAAGAAUAUCUAAAGAAAACUGAAGGAUGUGAAGCAGAAAUGUCUGGGUUAUUAGCGAAGGGAAGCCAAGAUGCCGAUGUAUUGUAUCUCAAACUCUUGGAAGAGUUUGAUAGAUGCAUAUUAGGUUACUUUGCAUUUCAUUGGAGCCAUGCUACUCUUAUGAUUAGUCAGGUGCUAAAUGUAGAUUCUGAGCAGCAAGGGAAGCUCAAAAACAUGGUCAUGGAAGCAACUAGGAAGCAAAGAUUUGAGAGAGUGACGAAAAACUUGAAAGUAGCAAGAGUUUUUUCAACACUAGUUGAGGAACUGAAAGCAAUUAGAACACUAAAGAACGACCCCCACCGCAACGACGUGAUGGUACCAGCCGCCCAUAGCCAAAGAAGCCCAGUUCUUCUCUUAAUGGGGGGUGGAAUGGGAGCCGGAAAAAGUACAGUGCUUAAAGAAAUACUAAGCAAGGAAUCAUUUUGGGGAGGUGCUGCUGGAAAUGCGGUGAUCGUUGAGGCUGAUGCCUUUAAAGAAACUGACGUCAUUUAUAAAGCUCUUAGCUCUCGAGGCCACCAUCCGGACAUGCUCCAAACAGCUGAACUGGUACAUCAAUCAUCAACUGAUGCAGCUUCAUCACUCCUUGUAACGGCAUUGAAUGAAGGACGUGAUGUUAUUAUGGAUGGUACACUUUCAUGGGAACCCUUUGUUGAACAAACUAUUGCCAUGGCAAGAAAUGUUCACCAUCGUCGUUAUCGCAUGGGAGUCGGUUAUAAGGUCGUUGAAGAUGGAACCAUAAUGGAGAAGUAUUGGGAACAAGUAAAAGAAGAAGAACAGCAACAACAUGAAGAAAAUAACAAAAGAAAACCAUAUAGAAUAGAAAUGGUUGGAGUAGUUUGUGAUGCAUAUCUUGCUGUUGUCAGAGGAAUUAGGAGAGCUAUACUGAUGAGAAGAGCUGUGAGAGUGAAGUCACAGUUGAAAUCUCAUAAGAGAUUUGCUAUGGCGUUUCCAAGAUACUGUCAACUUGUUGACCAUGCUAGGUUAUACUGCACUGAUGCCAUGGGUAUAUCUCCGAAGCUGAUAGGAUGGAAAGAUGGAGAAAACAAUUUAUUGGUUGACCCACAACAAAUCAACUGCCUAACGACCUUAAGCAUGCUUAAUGACGAGGCAGAUUGUAUUAAUGAGCUAUAUCAACAUCAACCCACAGAACAUACUGAAUACGAUCCUCAUUUAGUGUGGAGAAGCAUAAUGUUAUCACCUUCGAGAACCAAAGCACAACAAGAACUUAAAGUUGUCAUUUGUAAUACAUUCAAAAAAUCAACAGAUGGUGAUAAACAAUAGGAGAAGAUUAUCAUCAUCAACCCAUAAUAGCUUAGGGACCGUGAUCCAGUUAAGUGGGUUCAACCUAGUUAGGCUUUAAGGUUCAAUUUUGUUUACAAGUGUCGAGCUGAGCUCUACAACAAAUGUAUAAUUAAAUUCAAUGAGCUUAGGUGUGAGUCUUUUUUUCUUUCUUUCCAGUUGUGGGUGUCCCCUGAUUUCCAAGGUGAGACUAAUUAAUCCCCCAUUGCGAUUGGUUUGGAUCUACUUUGCGCUAACAUUAGUCGAGUUGAUAUGUGUGAAAUGUGCAGUCUUAUUUUACAAGCAACGCACUCUCUCAGAGCCGGUCCUGAGAUUUUAAGGCCAUGUGUAAACCUUUUUCCAGUUAUAAAUACUCUUUUUUUAAUAAA